CUCAAGGACAUUUUAUUUAUUCGCUAAUUACAUAUGCGGAUGUACGGUGAGGAAAAGUUGGUUCAAGAGGGUUUUGUAAGGCGCCCCAGAGUUCAGGGGUGUUAUGUGAGAUAAACAGAGUUCAAGGAGUUAUGUGAGAUAAACAGAGUUCAGGGGCGGUUAAGGGAAAUUGACCGGCAUAAUUAACAGUCUUUUUUUGUGGCAGGUUUUCCGGUUAGUAGAGGCAUGGGGCACUACUCUCAACCACCAAGCAACGGCGUGCAAACAAUGCCGCAUACGAGGGUAAAGUCCCAACUUAGUUUCUCAAGACAACUAUCUCAAAUAUCCGAAAUCGGCAUUCCAGAGAUGGGAGAUAGUGUGGUUGGUGGGAACAGCUCAGACGGAAACGGCGGUAAUGUUGGUCAAUCUACAAUUUCGUACUCGAUGGGCUCCUGGGAUGAUACCAAUUCAAUUGCUUUUUCAACCCCGAACAAAAGAGCAAAGGAUAACGGUGAUGACCUACUGACGAGUUUCAGCCAUAUUGACUCACAGUUUAGCUUGCCAACAACAUCACUAGAGAUGGCUGCAGUCGAGAAACUCCUCCAAGCUCAACAAGACUCUGUUCCUUUCAAAGUUCGAGCUAAGAGGGGAUGUGCCACUCAUCCCCGAAGUAUUGCAGAAAGGGAAAGGAGAACAAGGAUUAGUGAGAAGCUAAGAAAGCUGCAAGAACUUGUACCUAACAUGGACAAGCAAACAAGCACAGCAGAUAUGUUG